AAAAUAUGUAAAAUUGUAUAUAUUUUGUAUUUUAUAAAAAGAAAAAACAAUUUUUACAAAAUAGUUUAAUAAAGAAAACAUAAAUUUUAUUCGCUUCGAACAAGAAAAUAUAUAAAAAGUGUAAUAUUAAAAGAAAUUUCAAAAUUUCAUGAGAAAUGAAUUUUGAGGUUAUAGAAAUAAUUUUUUUUUUAAAUACAGUUGUUUUUGACGAAAUAUCGGAAUUUAUUUGAAAAUAUGGAAUGCAAUGAAUUGAAAAUUUAUUUAUUUAUUUGUGAGGGAUGAGAGGAUAUUUUAAAUUUUACUACGUUGUAUAACCUUAAUAUGACCCACAAAUUAGAAUAAAAAUGAAUUUUCCCCAAUUGAAAGGAAAUAAAAAUCCACUUUCAUUGAUGCGUGGCAUGUCAAGUGCAUCAAAAUCAAAUAAAAAUCAUUACGAAACAUUGAAAGUAAAGCAUAAUGCUACUCAAGAAGAAAUUAAAUCAUCUUAUUAUAAAUUAUCAAAACAAUAUCAUCCCGAUGUAAAUAAAGAAGAAGGGGCAAAGAAAAACUUUCGUGAUAUCUCUGAAGCUUAUGAAAUAAUUGGUAAUUAUAAAUUUCGUCGACAAUAUGAUCGUGGUAUGACGGCACGUGGUGUUAUUAAUGUAAAACAUGAUGAAAAAUCAUCGUCAUCAGCGAAUGAUGAUUAUUAUGAUGAUGAUGUUGAUGAUAAAAAUAUUGAGCAUAUGGCAUUUUAUAAAUCACGAAUGAGAAAUUAUCCAAAACCAGUGAGAACAGGAAAUUCAAAAAUUUAUAAUUUUGACGAAUGGACACGUGCACAUUAUGGUGAUUCAUUUCAACGAACAGUAUUGAGAAAACAAAAAAAUAUAAAAUUUCAAGAGAAAAUGGUUGACGAUCAUAAUGAUUCAUUAAAAGUAAAUGAAGAAAUAACAUUGCUUAUUGGAAUGGCAACGGUUAUUUUUCUUGCUGUUGGAUUAUUAACAAUAUCAAAGCAUAAUUAUGAUAAUCCAACAAAAAAUGAUAAUGAUAAUGUUAAUGAUAAUAAUGAUUUAAAGCGAUAACGUUUGUAGAGAAUUUUAAGAAAAUUUUAAUUUUCCUAGUUUAAUUUUGUAAAUUAUAAAAAUAAGUAGAUAGUGUAAAAAAAAAUGUUUCGGGCACAUUUUUUCAAUGUAAAUAGUUUUUUUUUUCUUUUUAAUUUGCGUCGAGUCGAGUAGUUUUCAGAGAGUUUUAGAUUUUUUUUUUUCCUUUAA